AUGGACACCACCAGCACCACCACCAGCAACACCGGAGGAGGCCUGGGCAAGCUUCUAGCCAAGCGCAGGCGAAGGGUCAAGACGGGAGGGCUAGAAUCGGAUGCAUCAGGACGUGAGGAUGGCCGCGACUUUGCGCGAGACAGUGACGAUGCGGCGUCGCUCAACGUUGCGGACGACGAUGAGAUGGACAGUCGCAGCUUCGGGUCCUACGAGUCGGGGGGCGCCGAUGCGGACGGAGAGUCUGAUCGAAGCAGCUCUCGCCCCCCGCUAGCUCGUGCGACCACGACAUCAGUUCUGGCAUCUCCCAUCGUGCAGGUCACCGACUUGGACCCUAACCCUCAACGCGGCGAACGAGAACGACGCCCAUCUCUUCUCUCUCGGCGCCUCCGCCGUGGAUCCUCCAGGAGCACGUCUCCUAAUGCGUCCAAGGAGGCUCUAAGCGAGAUAGCUCAGCUCCCCGAACCACCAGCGGCGGCCAAGACAACCUCCUCCCCUGAGAAGCACACGAUACUCUCGCCCUCGAGGCUCACGACUUCGGCUCGGCCUUCCACCAGCAGCGACAAUUACCGCCCCGUCAUUGUGAAUACGCCGCCUACACCCGUCGAGAGAACAAACCCACUCGCUCUACACCUCGACAAGAAACUACCACCUGUCAUAUCAGAGCCUGCAUCAGCUGGGGAUGCAACGUCCUUUUCUUCUUCUUCUUCUUCCCAGGGUAUAAGCGCACAUCGAAGAACCAAAUCGGGAUCUGCCAGCAUCGGACCCAGCAAACUAUCCAACAUCACCACUGCUCCGCUCUCACCCACCCCUGAGAUCGGCGAAGUCCAACCCCCGAACUCCGCAGGAUUCUUCUCGUCCAUGUUCUCGGUUGCCCAGAACGCUGCCAGCACAAUUAGUAGCAACAUUCAGGGCGGUGGCAUUGGGAUUGGAGGAAACAAGAGUCGGACGAAUCAGGCGUCUAAGCCACAGUCAUCCCCUGCCGCAAGCCAAGUAGAAGGCGACCGUGCAGAACCCCCACCAUCCGAGGCUCAGUCAAGCACCGGAAUGGAUAAAAAGGAGCCAGCAGUUAAGACGAUUGGUACUGGAGAACUCAGCUUGAGCCAGCUCGGUAUUAUGGAACCCUCAGCAGCCAUGCCCGCCCUCGAAACGUCUCGAUUUCCCGAUCUCAACGACACCCGGGCGCGUUCCGAGUCUGCUCCAGCAGCAGAUAGCCAACCCAGACUCGCAGACGAUAUCGUCCUCGACGAGUCCCUCAGCAGGCCCAGGUCGCUAUUCGAAGCGGCCAAUGGCGAGGAGGGAGGUUCGCAGUCUGACCAGGCCGACGCUCCAAAGCUCACGGGAUUCGCUAUUGCUAGUAAAAAGAGGAACCGUGAUUUCCAUACAUUCUUCAAGAGUGUACCGGAUGAUGACUACCUUAUCGAAGACUAUAGCUGCGCGUUGCAGAGAGAGAUUCUCGCGCACGGUCGGUUAUACGUCUCGGAAGGCCAUCUUUGCUUCAGCAGUAACAUUCUCGGGUGGACAACGACAUUGGUCAUGAGCUUUGACGAGAUUGUAUCCGUCGAGAAGAGAAGCACUGCCCUCGUCUUCAAAAACGGACUCAUGAUAUCAACCCUGCAUGCCAAACACAUAUUUGCCAGUUUCACGAGCAGAGAUGCUACAUAUGACUUGAUUGUCAACAUUUGGAAGCUUGGCCACCCCACCUUGACUAGCACUCUCAACGGGGUCCGUCUGGAGGGCACCGGCGGCGACAAGACCGAAAAGCUUGAUGUCGAGGCCGCCAGCCUGGAACCAGAGACGCCAGCCGGAUCCGAUUCCGAAGGGGAUAGCGAUGAUGAUGACGAUGAAGAUUUCUACGAGGAGGAUAGCGAUCGGGCCCCCGAGCCUCAGGUGGCAGACGCCAGCAGCAACGGCGCAGACAGCGGCAAGCCAAAUAGGAAAGCAUCCGGCGCUGUCGCUCCCAGUGCAGCUGUCGUUGAUGCGGCGGCCGACGGGCAAGCCCCGGCAGCCGCCGCCGGAUCGUUCCCGGGCCCCGCGACUCAUGCUCCGACCGAGUGUGGCGACGCCGAUACGCACUAUGACAAGUUCCUCGCCGACGAGAUCAUCCCAGCUCCUCUGGGCAAGGUAUUCAGCAUGCUAUUUGGUGAAUCCUCUGCCGAAUGGAUGGGCAAAUGGAUUACGGAAAACCAAAAGUGCUUUGAUUUGCAGAUGGAGGACAAGAAGGGCAUGGGUCCAGACAGCCGCACUCGCGGCUUCACUUAUAUCAAGCCACUGAAUGCCCCGAUCGGCCCCAAGCAGACAAAGUGUAUCGUCACUGAGACCGUGGACAAUAUCGAUUAUGAAAAAGCGGUCAAUGUGAGCGUGGCAACGCAGAACCCCGACGUCCCCAGCGGAAACAUUUUCCGCGUCAAGACCAAGUACUGUCUCUCGUGGGCUGAGAACAAUGCCACUCGUGUGCAAGUCAACUGUACUACAGAAUGGAGUGGCAAGAGUUGGCUCAAGGGUACCAUUGAGAAGAACGUCAACGAGGGUCAGGCCCAGUACUGCAAAGAUUUAUUUACAGCCCUAAAGGCGGCUGUUUCUACCCGACCGCGGUCCGCUACUAACGGAAACGGAGCUGUAAAGGGCAAGAAGAAGGGCAAGAAGAGCAAGGCGCUGCAAUCAUCAACUGAGUCUAUUAGCCCAAGUGCACGCGCCAAAAAGGAAGAACCAAACUGGGGCCUAUUGGAACCCGUGCGCCCGAUCCUGGAACCCGUUGUCGAUAUCCUCAAACCGAUCCUCACCGGCAACAUUGUUUACGGGCUCCUCGUGGGUUUGUUGGUUGCGACUUGGUUUGGGUUUGGUCUCACGCCUAACAGCAAUAAGAGCCCCGCACCGUUUGGGCAUGAACCCGCCAUGCAGAGCGCAUACCGUCUUGCGGCAUACGACGAGAUGUGGCGCCGGGAAGACAGCGAGCUUUGGGACUGGUUGGAAGAGCGCGUGAGCUUGGAGCGGCUUUCCGUAGAACGGUCGAAUACUCGCAGGCGAGAGGCAGACCCCCGAACGUUGGAAGAGAAGCUGAGAGAAGAGCGCAUGGACGAGCGAGAAGUGCAGGAAGCGAUUCGAGUCACGGAGGAGAAGCUCAAGGUGUUGAGAGAAGUCAUGGCGAGAGGCAAGCUGCUAUAA